GCGCCGAGCUGGCGGGCCGGAGAGGUGUCGGCUGGAAAUGGCGGCCGCGGGCUUGGUCGCUGUGGCAGCGGCUGCCGAGUACUCUGGCCCAGUAGCGUCGGGGAGUAACCUCUCCGCCGUUAACUGCGGCCCGAGCUCCGGGGCGGGCCCUGGUCCCGGCCCAGGCUCCUGGAGCCGUUCUCUCGACCGGGCCCUGGAGGAGGCGGCGGUGACCGGGGUGCUGAGCCUGAGCGGCCGGAAACUGAGGGAGUUUCCCCGGGGAGCGGCCAACCACGACCUGACGGACACCACCCGGGCGGACCUGUCACGAAAUCGCCUCUCAGAAAUUCCUAUAGAAGCAUGUCACUUCGUUUCUCUUGAAAAUCUCAACUUGUACCAAAAUUGUAUUCGGUAUAUUCCAGAGGCAAUUCUAAACCUACAGGCUCUAACAUUCUUAAAUAUUAGUCGGAACCAACUGUCAACAUUGCCAGUACACUUGUGUAAUUUGCCAUUGAAAGUCUUAAUUGCUAGUAAUAACAAAUUGGUCUCACUUCCAGAAGAAAUUGGACACCUCAGACAUUUGACAGAACUUGAUGUGAGCUGCAAUGAAAUUCAAACUAUACCUUCCCAAAUGGGUCAUUUGGAGGUGUUGAGAGACCUUAAUAUAAGAAGAAAUCACUUAGUACAUUUGCCCGAAGAGCUAGCAGAAUUGCCUUUGAUACGACUAGAUUUCUCAUGCAAUAAAAUUACAACAAUCCCUGUCUGUUAUCGGAACCUCAGGCACCUACAGGUGAUCACCCUAGAUAACAAUCCACUGCAGUCACCUCCUGCACAGAUAUGUAUAAAAGGCAAAGUCCACAUAUUUAAAUACCUGAAUAUACAAGCUUGUAAGAUUGCUCCAGAUCUGCCAGAUUAUGAUAGAAGACCCUUGGGUUUUGGCUCCUGCCACGAAGAACUGUACUCAGGUCGUCCUUAUGGAGCCCUUGAUUCAGGUUUCAAUAGUGUGGACAGUGGUGAUAAGAGAUGGUCAGGGAAUGAACCUACAGAUGAAUUUUCAGAUCUGCCUCUUCGAGUAGCAGAGAUUACUAAAGAACAAAGACUACGAAGAGAAAGCCAGUACCAGGAGAAUCGCAGCAGUCUAGUGGUAACAAAUGGUGGAGUGGAACAUGAUCUGGAUCAGAUUGACUACAUUGACAGCUGUACUGCAGAGGAAGAAGAGUACGAGGUUAGACAGCCCAAGAGCCUGGACUCAGACAGCCUCAGUUCACAGUUUAUGGCUUAUAUUGAACAACGGCGAAUCUCUCAUGAGGGUUCACCAGUAAAACCAAUAGCCAUUAGGGAGUUUCAGAAAACAGAAGAUAUGAGAAGAUAUUCACAUCAAAACAGGGUUCCAGUUGAGCCAUCUUCUCUCUUGUCAUUGUCACCAAGUCACAAUCAGCUGUCACAUACAAACUUGGAAAUUCACCGGAGGAGAGAACAAUUAGUAGAACAUACUCGAAGAGAGGCACAGCUUGCUGCUCUACAGUAUGAGGAGGAGAAAAUAAGGACCAAGCAGAUUCAGAGAGAUGCUGUCCUGGACUUUGUCAAACAGAAAGCAUCACAAAGUCCACAAAAACAACAAGCCCCCUUAGAUGGUGAGUGUCCCUUCCCACCCAGAAGGUCUCAGCAUACUGAUGAUAGUGCCUUCUGUAUUCGCUUGUCAGGGUUCAGUCAAGUGGACUGUGCUGCUGUUCUGUCUCAUUCCUCUGCCUCUGCACCUCUUAAGGGUGAUGACAGAUCCGGUACCGUGUCAAGUUCACCUACAACAGAAACAGUUCAUCAUUCCCCUGCAUAUUCUUUUCCUGCUGCUACCCAGAGAAAUCAGCCCCUGCGCCCUGAAAGCUUCCUUUUCCGAGCAGGUGUUAGGGCAGAAACAAAUAAAGGUCAUGGUUCACCACUUCUUCAGUCUUCUGCAUCUACCACUGAUUCUACAGAUUCCAUAACAAGGCAGAAUUCAAGACAGAGAGAAGAAGAACUGGAAUUAAUAGAUCAAUUACGGAAACAUAUUGAGUACCGGUUGAAAGUGUCUCUGCCUUGUGAUCUUGGAGCUGCUCUGACUGAUGGUGUAGUUCUUUGCCAUUUGGCCAAUCAUGUGCGACCUCGAUCUGUCCCGAGCAUUCAUGUUCCCUCGCCAGCUGUACCUAAAUUAACAAUGGCAAAAUGCAGACGAAAUGUGGAGAAUUUCUUAGAAGCUUGCAGAAAAAUUGGUGUACCUCAGGACAAUCUUUGUUCCCCUUCCGACAUCCUUCAGCUAAACCUCAGCGUUAAAAGAACUGUUGAAACACUACUUUCUCUUGGGGCACAUUCAGAAGAACCCAGUUUUGUCUGUCUGUCUAUCCAGCUUCUGGGUUUUGUGGCAUUUUAUUGUACUUUAAUGUUAACUCUCUGUAUGCUUUAUUACGGGAUCUUUCCCCUCUAGCUGAAAGAGUGCAUUCCAGUGAUUUUCCACCUCAUUCCUGCGCUUGGGCAAGGAGGUUUGUUUCUCUUUCAGAAUUAUUUACAUAUGUGCUCCCCCCUACCCCCUCCAUUAAAGAGCUAACCAGUAAGGUAGAUGAAACCUCAUGUGUCCAGAUGAGCAGCCCCUCAUGUUAGUAAACGUUUACAGUUGCUCACAAAGGUGAAGACCAGCAUGUUUUCUCCUGGUCAUUCAUCCAUUCUCCCACCUGGUGCCCUGUGCCUCUUACCUUAAAUGCUGAAGCACUUUUACUAAUACAGUCCUAGCUUGUUCUU